AGAGAAAAGUUCGAAAAGGCCAAUGAACAACUCAGACAAAGUUACAUGAUAAUAAAUAAUGGAGAUCCUUUAUAUGAUGACCCACUUGUAAUUCAACAACCUUCAUCAACUAAUAGUGAAAGUUAUAUUGAUCAAAUUAUACCCAAUUAUUCAAAGGAAAAAAGAAGAUCAAGCAGUGAAUAUUUCGGUGAAAAUCAAACCAUUGAAGUACCCGAAUGGGAAAAAAGAUUAAGUAGUGUAUCUCCCAGUGAAAUUCCAGCUGUUGAAGAAUCUAAUUCUGACGAUGAGCCAAUUUCUCCUUAUUCAACUAAAUCUGAUUCUUCUCAAUAUUGCACUAGUUGCUCAUCCCGAAAUGCUCUUGCGCUUGCCCACGAGCUACGUCAAAUUCAUGCUGAUAUUAUUGUUAAAGAACAUCUCAUUUCACAAUUAGAAUUUGCUGUAAAACAAUAUACUAAUAUGAGAAAUCAAUAUGAACAACGGUUGGAUGAUAUGCAAGAAGCCUUACAACAAGAAAGGGACGCUGCUGUUAAACGCGCUCAAAAUGCUAGUACUCGUGAUAAGAAUUCGAUCCUUGCGGUCGAACUUAAAGCCCGUUACGAACACAAGAUGAACCG